CCCCUCCCCUCCCUUCCCUCGCUGGCGUGUGGGACUCGGUCCGCCCCGGCUCGCGGUAAUGCGCCAAGUCGGGUGGCCGCUGUCCGGGAGCCGAGCAGUGGAGCAGGGCAGGACCCGGAACCGCGGCGCGGGCAGCCCCGGCGUUUCGGUGCUGCGCUGUCAGGCGGCCUGCCGCCGCUGAAGGCGCUCACACAGCCGUGCGGCCGUGAGGCGGCCCCGGAGGUCGCCGGCGGAGGCUGGUGCGGGGCGGAGGUGCGCGCGCCCCGCUCGUGGCGGCGUGUCUCCCGGGAGAUGCUGUGACGGUCCCGCGCGGGAGGAGCUCUUGCCUUGCGCCCCAGUGGACCCGGCGCCCGCGGCGGCUCGGCCACCCACCCGCCUUAGCAAUGCUCAGGGAUUAUUCCUGGCGCCGCACUAGAGAUCACUCCUGGUGGUGUUCCGAGGACCAUAUGGAAUGCCAGGGAUCAAAUCCAGGCCAGCGGCGUGCAAGGCAAGCACCUUAACUGCUGUGCUAUUGCUCCGGCCCUUCACCUAUUAACUGUACCUGAGUUAAUACAACUCAAGUGGAACUAUGCGAGACUUAACAGCACAAGUGACUAGUGGUCUUCUGCAGUUUCCAGAAGUUACUAUUCAGGCCCUUGGAGAAGAUGAAGUAACAUUAGAAUCUGUGCUUCGUGGAAAAUUUGCGACAGGGAAAAAUGGAAUUGCUUGCUUGGCUUGUGGUCCACAACUUGAAGUAGUAAACUCUUUAACAGGACAACGGUUAUCUGCAUAUAGAUUCAAUGGAGUGAACGAACAGCCUCCCAUUAUUCUAGCUGUGAAAGAAUUCUUUUGGCAGAAGAGAGCUGGUUUGCUGAUUGGAUUAGAAGACAUAGAAGGGAGUAUUCUCUGUCUUUAUGACCUUGGUAUAUCAAGAGUGGUAAAAGCAGUUGUCCUUCCUGGAAGGGUAACAGCUAUAGAACCUAUAAUUAACCAUGGAGGAGCCAGCGCAAGCACUCAGCAUUUACACCCAAGUUUACGAUGGCUAUUUGGUGUGGCUGCUGUGGUAACUGAUGUUGGACAGAUCCUUCUUAUUGACCUGUGUUUGGAUGACUUACCAUGCAAUCAGACUGAAAUAGAUGCGUCAGACCUUGAAGUUAUGACUGGCAUUCCAGCUGAAGUACCACACAUCAGAGAAAGUGUGAUGCAAGAAGGACGUCAUCUGUGUUUCCAGUUAGUAAGCCCAUCAGGAACAGCCAUUUCAACACUUAGUUAUAUAAGUAGGACAAAUCAGCUGGUUGUAGGUUUUUCUGAUGGCUACCUAGCUCUUUGGAAUAUGAAAAGCAUGAAAAGAGAAUACUACACACAAUUGGAAGGUGGAAGAGUACCCAUAUAUGCUGUUACUUUUCAAGAACCUGAGAAUGAUCCUCGAAAUUGCUGUUAUUUGUGGGCUGUUCAGUCUACACAAGAUAGUGAAGGGGAUGUUUUGAGUUUGCAUCUACUUCAGUUGGCCUUUGGUGAUAGAAAGUGUUUGCCAUCGGGACAAAUCUUAUAUGAGGGGUUAGAAUACUGUGAAGAAAGAUACACACUGGACCUUACAGAGGGCAUAUUUCCUUUGACUGGACAGACUAACACCAAACUGUUGGGAUGCCAGAGUAUAGAGAAACUUCGAGCUCAUGGUGAUAGGGAGGAAGGCAUGACUGAAGCUCUGUCUCCUGACACCAGUGUUUCAGUCUUUACCUGGCAAGUGAAUAUAUAUGGACAGGGAAAGCCUUCUGUAUAUUUGGGGAUUUUUGACAUAAAUCGCUGGUAUCAUGCACAAAUGCCUGAUUCAUUAAGAUCGGGAGAAUAUCUCCAUAAUUGCUCUUAUUUUGCACUGUGGUCACUGGAUUCAGUUGUAAGUAGGACUUAUCCACAUUACAUCUUGGACAUAUUAGUGCAUGAAAGAAGUUUGAGUCGAGGAGUUCCUCCUUCAUAUCCACCUCCAGAGCAGUUUUUUAAUCCAAGCACUUAUAAUUUUGAUGCUACUUGUUUGUUAAAUUCGGGAGUUGUUCAUAUAACUUGCACAGGCUUUCAGAAGAAGACUUUGACGUUUUUGAAGAAGUUAGGACCAUCUCUUAAUGAAGUCAUUCCUGAUAGCUAUAAUCAGUGUCUUGUGGCUGGCCUUCUCUCACCAAGACUUCUUGAUAUUCAGCCUUCCAAUUUAAGUCAGGAAGAACAGUUAGAAGCUAUAUUAUCAGCAGCAGUCCAGACAAGUUCCCUGGGACUUUUGACUGGAUGUAUUAAAAGGUGGACAUCAGAAGAACAACCGAAUUCUGCAUCUAAUUUGCGCUUUGUUCUUGAAUGGACAUGGAAUAAAGUGGUUGUCACAAAAGAAGAAUUUGACAGAUUGUCUGUACCAUUAUUUGAUGGUUCAUGCCGUUUCAUCGAUCCACAAACUAUACAGUCUAUCCAACGUUGCCAUUUGCUUCUUAGUAACCUUAAUACAGUCUUGAGCUGUUUUGCAGCAGAGGCCCAAGAGAUCACUGAGAGAGGUCUUAUGGACUUAAGCAAUAAAUGUAUUGUUACCCAACUCAUCUGUCAGUAUGUACAGGUGGUUCUUUGGUUCUGUCAUUCUGGUCUUUUACCAGAGGGCUUAGAUGAUGCUAUGCAGUUAUCAAGGUUAUGCUAUAACUACCCUGUAAUUCAGAACUACUACACCAGUUGUCGGCAGAAGUGUGAACGUUUAUCAAGAGGGAAAUGGAAUCCUGAUUGCUUGAUGAUUGAUGGAAUGGUUUCUCAGCUAGGAGAUAGAAUUGAGGACUUGUGGAAACGAGAUGAAGGAGGCACUGGAAAAUAUCCUCCUACAAGCCUACAUGCACUGCUUGACAUAUACCUACUAGACAAUGUUGCCGAAGCAAGCAAACACGCUGUUACCAUUUACUUGCUGCUUGAUAUUAUGUAUUCCUAUCCAAAUAAAACGGAUACUGCCAUUGAAUCAUUUCCUACAGUCUUUGCCAUAUCUUGGAGUCACGUCAAACUGAUUCAAGGGUUUUGGCUGAUAGAUCAUAAUGACUAUGAGAGUGGUUUGGAACUUCUCUUUCACCCGGCUACUGUAAAACCCGUGCCAUGGCAGCAUUCAAAGAUUAUUCAAGCCUUCAUGUGUCAGGGUGAGCACAGACUAGCCCUCAGAUACAUUCAGACAAUGAAGCCAACGGUGUCCACAGAUAGUGAUGUUAGCCUUCACCUCACCGUUUUGCUUUCCAAUAGGUGUGUGGUUGAGGCCUGGAGUUUAUUGCGGCAACAUUCUAAUAGAUUAAAUAUAGAGGACUUGCUAAAGCACACCUAUGAAGUCUGUCAGGAAAUGGGCUUAAUGGAAGAUUUGCUAAAGUUACCAUUUACAGACACUGAACAGGAGUGUUUGGUAAGAUUUUUGCAAUCCAGUAGCAGUGUUCAGAAUCAUGAAUUCCUUUUAGUUCACCAUUUGCAGCGUGCCAAUUACAUCCCUGCCUUGAAACUGAACCAGACUCUGAAGAUUAAUCUUACGAAUGAUCGUGAUCCUCAUUUGCGGGAAAGAUCUGUGGCUCGAAAUUCUAUAUUAGACCAGUAUGGAAAAAUUCUUCCUAGAGUCCAGAGAAAAUUAGCAAUUGAACGAGCCAAGCCUUACCACCUCUCAGCAUCGGUUUUUCGAGAAGUUUCUAGACCCAAACCAUUAUCAGCAUUUCCAAAGCAAACUGUAAAGGGAACUGUGUUGACAAGAUCUGCUUUCAUCAAUAAUGUGUUAUCUAAAGUUGGAGAGGUUUGGGCAAACAGUGAACCUAAACCUAACAUUUCUCUUUAUAACAGUCCUAAAAUGGAAGAACCAUCUCCUGUAGUAUAUUCACUCCCAGAACCAGAGCUGCCUGAGGCCUUCUUUGGAACACCUAUUUCACAAGCCUCACAAAAAAUUUCUAGACUACUGGAUUUGGUUGUUCACCCUGUCCCCCAGCCUUCUCAAUGUAUGAGGUUUAUUCAGCAAAGCCCCACCAAAUCUCCUUUGGGCCUAGCAUCUAGUUCAUUGCCAGUAAGCUCACGUUCAAAAGGAUCUCAGCAAAAAAGCACCAGGACUUCAGAAUUAAAUUUACUGGAAACUCCUCUUGUGGUUAAGAAAGCUAAAACUUUGGCCAUGUCAGUUACUACCUCGGGAUUUGCCGAAUUUACUCCUCAAUCCAUCCUAAGGUCUGGUCUUCGAACAACACCAUUAGCAUCACCCUCUUUGUCUCCUGGACAGUCUUUUACUCCUUUACGACUAAAAGAAACUAGAAUUUCAUUCAUGGAAGAAGGCAUAACCACAAAAUGGACUACUGGAGCUGCACAUGACAACAAAACAAAAAUAUUUGUUACUACACCUCUUCAUUCAGUUUCAGCAGAAACUGAAUGGCUGAAGAGCAAAGAUAAGGUAUCUUUUUCCAUGGACCAUCAAGGAAAGAGCCAUCAAGAAAUGGAUGUCAGGCCACAGGAUACACCAUCACAUUGCUUGGAGAAAUCAGAUACAAGCAAAGAAAACAGUAAUGCUUCAAUCAGAUCAGACCAGACUACCUUGGAGUAUCAGGAUGCACCAUCCCCAGAAGACUUUGAAGAUAUGUUUACAGCCUUUAAACCUGUUAGCUCUUCUACUGAAGUAAUUGUUGAUGUAACUGAACAAGUAAAGGACGAUGAUAAAAAUGUGUUUGAGUCAGAAGUAUCUCCUCUAGAACUGGAGAGACAAAUAGGCACUUCACAAGAAACGGAAACAAAGAAGCUCUUGGUUGCAGAGGUGGCACUUUCAGAACUAAAUCACUUAAGCCCCAUGCAAGAUAUUAAAACUUCUCUUCAUGUACCAUCAAUCCGUGAACGGGAAAUCCUUACCUCGAAAUCCAAGGUACCAGUUUUGGAUGUAUCUGUUGAAAGUUGCACCUCUUCAGUUAAAGCAGCUGUAGCCGAUGCCCUUGAUGAUAAUGGACACUCAGUGCUUGUUAGCUCUGAAAGUCCUAUUAUCUCUGAACAUAGACUUGACCAGGAAAUAGCAUUGAAUUUAAAAGAUCAAGAAAUAGAAGUUGAUGUACUAAAAGAAAAUGUUGACUUACCAGAAGAAAAGCUUCCAAUAUCUGACGUUCCUCCUGAAACUCAAGAAAUUCAUGUGACUGAACAUGAAAAGCUUGAAGCUCAAGGUUCAGGACGAGAGGCUAGGAGUCUUUCAUUUAAUGAGUUGUAUCCCUCAGGAACUCUUAAGCUUCAAUAUAAUUUUGAUACCAUUGAGCAGCAGUUCUGUGACUUGCCUGAGAAUAAAGACUCCGCUGAGUGUGACAUUGCUGAAGUAGAUGGGGAACUUUAUAUGGCUCAGAGCAAUUUUACCUUGAUAUUGGAAGGUGAAGAAGGGGAACUUGAGACAGGUGAUUCUGCAGCAUCAAGUGCAUUAGCUAAAGCGACCAACACAGCAGUUGAGGAAAAACACAUACACAGUGGGAAUGGUAAUAAUCAUGGACAUGUUGCAAGUUUGCCAUCUAUCACAACCAGUGAUCAAGAGUCCCAUAAGGCAGAAACAUUACCAUAUGUGCCUGAACCAAUUAAAGUAGCAAUUGCAGAAAAUUUAUUAGAUGUAAUUAAAGACACAAGAAGUAAAGAAAUUACUUCAGACACAGUGGAACAGUCCAUUCAUGAAAAUACACCUUUAGUAAGUCGAAAGGUGAUGCAUUCCACCAAGUUAAUCAAAUCUACCUCUAAGACUGUUCAGGAAGCAAGUUCAGUGACUGUAAAUGUCAGCCCAAUUAAUGACACGAUUUCCUCCAGAACUCGUACAAGAGCACGUGUCCAAAGCCUGAAUGUAAAAACAACACAACAGGAAGAGUUGGCAGAUGUUACUGCAAAUAAGAUGCCAGGGCUUUCUGUUACAAAAAAACCUAAGAAAACAAAAGAAAUUUCUGAGGUUUCUGAAAGUGCCUCUUCUGACAAAGAAAUGUCUCAGAAUCAGCAAAUACCUCUAAAAUCUGUUACUCCUAGAAGAGGAAGAAGAAGAAAAGAAAUGAGUCCAGAUACAUCAGAAAGUAUUAAUGCAAUGCAACAAGAGUUACAGGUUACCCCAGGUAGGGAAUCAAAAAGGUCAAAAUUAUCUCAGCUUUCGGAACCAGCAAUUGAAGAGACUUCGUUUAGGAAAGAAGAAAUUUCAUCUAUUACAAAGACUUCUAAAAGAAUUAAAAAACCUAUAGGAAAUCAGGAAAGUUUUGAAAUCAUAAAUGAUACAAAUAUUAGUAAAGCAGCAAGCCCUAGAAGGAGUACCAGAAAAUUGAGAAGUGCUAAGUUAGAAGCUGUUGAAAAUAUAGAAUAUAAACAAGAUGGAAAGUCCAGUGGUCAGCAACUGCUUAUUAAACAGAGUAAAAGGAUUAAAGAUAAAGAAAUUAGUGGAGCAAUUGCUGUAGAAGAUUCAAAAGUUGAUUCAUCUCAGAUGACUCCCCAGGCAGAAUUUGAUAUAUCUGCUACACCUAAGAAACGGGGUAGACCAAGAAAAAUAAAUACUGAAGAUGUAACACCUAAAGCUCAUAAGGAAGAUACAAGUCCCAAAAAGAGAGAGGCUGUCAGCGUCCAAAGGAGAUCUACAAGAAACACCCCAGCUACAAAUAAAAAUACUCGUUCUGGCAAACUAGCUUUAGAGAAAUCCGUUUCAGUGCCAAAUGAACUUGACUCAGUGAUGAGCCCUAAGAAAAAAAUUAACAAAGGGACUGAAAAUCAAAGCCAAAAAUUUCCAUUGAGCUCAGUAUCAGAAGAAAGCAUGGAGAAAGAAUCAAGCAAUCAGGAGGAAAAAUUUCUUGCCACAGCUGCUUUAACUAAAUCUUCACGCAGCACAAGGACUAGAUCUAGCAAGGCCAUCUUGUUGCCAAACCUUUCUGAACCACAAAAUGAGUCCUUGCUUUCCCCUACUAUUUCAAAGGCACCAAGGAAAACUAAAGCUAAAAAUACAUCGACUCCAGCACAGCUGAAGGAAUUGGUUUCCGAUUUAUCUUCUCAAUUUGUUUUCUCACCUGCUUUAAGGACCAGGCGGAAAAACACAACGAGUACAUCCAAACUUGUAGAUAAAUUGGUUGAUGAUGCUCAAUCAGUAGAAACUGUGGGAAAGGAAAAAGUGAAAAGAAUCAGGUCCACAAAACCGAAACAGACAAGCAAGAACACAGAAAAAGAAAGUUCUUGGUCACCUCCUCCAGUAGAAAUUAAGCUGAUUUCUCCUUUGGCAAGUCCAGUUGAUGGAGGAAAAAAGAAACCAAGAAAAACUGCAGAAGUAACUGGAAAAGCUUUAGGAAGGAGCAGAAAAAAGCCAUCUUCCUUUCCAAAGCAAGUUUUACGCAGAAAAAUGCUGUAAUUUUGCAGAUUUUUUUUUAAUGCACACCUAUUUGUAAAGUCAUCAGAAUUGUGUGGAUUAUUAAAAUGUCUAAUUUGGAAGAAAAUAAUUUAUAUAAAUGAUUGUAAAUUUUUGUAAACAGAAGGUCUUUAAUAAGUAUAGAACUCCAUGUGGGGUAUGAUUCUUUUGGUGUAGGUAGUUUUUUCUAUUUUAUAUUAAGACAUUUAUAUAAUAUGUAAAUAAGGUUUUAUGGAAUGUUAAAUAAAGUAUAUAUACUUCACAAUUUGUGUCUGUUAGAUUUUUGAGAGGGGAUUUAUGUUUUAAUGAUGAUUUCAUAUACUGGUUGGCCUUGCUCCUUUUCUCUUUCUCUAGUUAAAGUGUUACUAGACCAAUCUUACAAUGAGGAUGAUUGAACUGUUGUUUUUUUCUUUAAGUUGCUGUUUUAUAAUUUAUGCACUUUGCUUCUGUGAUUAAGAUUUAUACUCAUGUAUAUUUUUGUCAUUAGCUGUUGAACUUUGUUGGAAUUUGAGUAUAGGCAUGUUAUCUUGCCGCUUGUUUUGUAGUUUAACAAAUUUGUAUAAUCUACCUCAAAUGAGUAAUUUUUCAAGUAAUGCAUUGGUUAACUAUAAUGUUGGCAUUUCUUGUUCAGCAAACUUAAAAAUUAUUUGUCUUUAAUGUCUCGAUUACUCAGAGACUUAUUAUCCAGGUUAGAUUGACCGGUUCACUGCCCACUAUCAGCUGCAUAUAAAAAGGGUUUUUAAAAAGGAAGGGAAAUGCAAAACAUCUAUUUCAUAGAUUGUUGGUACGCCUUGUAUAUGUUAGUAUAUUAGUCUUGCUGUGAAGGAAAAAGCUACAGAAUCACAGAAAUCCCUUACUAUUCAGGUUUUUAAAUUGACAAAUUUUCAUAGGACCUCAAGUAUAGACUAUUCAGGAUGGGAAAGGGGGUCAUUAGACUUGGGAAAGAAAAGGAAAUACUGGUAUGACUGCAUUUGGUGAUGUUUAAUGUUGGCUAUAAAAUCAUCAAUAAAUGAGUGUUGUAAAAUAAUUUAUAACAUGUAAUAGAUAGUGUGUAAUGAAUGAACCAUUAAUAAUUGAUCAUCUGGAAACAAAUUGCUUUGUUGGCUAAGCUUUUAGUGUUCUAGUGUGAAGCAUAAAAGUGCUUUCUACGUUAUUUUUUUACCAAAUAACAACACAAAUGAUGGGAAAAUGAUGAAAAUGACUAUGCCAAGUAUUGACAGUGUGAAAGUAGCAGUACGAGUGCGGCCUUUUAGUCAGGUUAGUAAUGUUAUGUUGCCUUUUUGAAAAUUUGACUAUGACUUGGAUUUUAUUACUUUUUUAUUGAUAGUACUCAAACUUGUAUUUAAGCUGCUUGUCUCUUAUGGAAUAUUGAACUUAUUUAAAUGAACUUGUUAAAUGAGUAAUUUAAAGAUCUAAAUAUAAUUCAGUGAAUUUCAUUUCUUUGCACAAGUUCAAAUAAAAAAAUUGACAAGAGAAAUGUA